GAAGUACCGGGCUGGUCUGCAGGGGAGAUACCAAUGAUCUCCAUCAGCUUCUUUUCUCACAUAUUAGAACAAUUGAAUGUCAUGGAGUACCUGGGGACAUACCUUAAUCACGGGGUCACCAAGUUCUCUUCUCAUUGUAAUUUAUUACAGGAAUUCUAAGCUAAAAACAGAUUGUUCUGAUGAUUUCUGGGACAAUGCAAGGCAAACUUGGGCAUACCUUUAUGAUUUGUAUGCAAGAAUGUGGCAUGGUUAUGAACUUCAUGGUUUGGAAAACAUACCAGAAGGACCAGGUGUUGUUAUUUUUUACCAUGGCGCUAUUCCUGUGGAUUACAUCUUCUUUGUAGCUAGGUACUUUAUCUUGACACACCGGAUGUGCGUCUCCGUAGUUGACCAUGUGCUCCACAAACUACCAGGCUUUAAACUACUUUUAGAAUUUCUUAAGGUACUUCAUGGUACAAGGGAAGAAUGUAUGAAUGCACUGAAAAAUGGUGAACUGGUGGGUAUUGCACCAGGUGGUGCUCGAGAAGCCUUCUUUAGUGACAAAACUUACAAACUUGUAUGGGAUCAUCGUAAAGGCUUUGCUCACCUGGCUAUAGAUGCAAAAGUGCCUGUCAUUCCAAUGUUUACUGAAAAUAUUCGGGAGGCAUAUAGGGCACCUAAAGAAAGGAAAUUAAGUAGGUGGCUAUAUGACACUUAUCGAUUGCCAGUCGCCUUACUAUUUGGAGGGCUUCCAGUCAAAUUUCGCACGUACAUUGGAGAACCCAUUCCAUAUAAUCCAAACAUGACUGUUGAGGAACUAGCUGAAAAGGUUGGCAGUCAGACGCGUCCUGUGGUUUGUCUCCUCGGAGCUCCGCUCUCUCCAGCGCUGUCAGAAGUCUUCAGGCCACCCAGAGCCCUUUUUUGGAAAUAGUGGUCUAUAAUGAAUAAAUGAACUAAACAAGAAAUGAAAGAACUUGACUGCAUGGACAAGUUUAUGGACUACCUCAAUAGCCAUUUGUGGCAAGAUCUGGCAGGAGUAACAGCGGCUUAUUGGUAAUGUUCGCUACUAUGCAGUCAAAUGACUGCUUAGAAGCCAUGUAGAACAAAUGCACUAAUGUAUUGCUACUAACAAACCUUGACUGUAUUCUAGUCCUGAUGACAGGCCUUAAAACAAUUUCCACAGAAAGAUCAGACCAUAUACGUAAAAUCUAGGGUGACCAUUUGUUCCUGUUUUGGUGGGACAUUCCUGGAUUUUGGAGGCUGGUCCUGGCUGGCUAGUGAGAAUUAAAAUCAGUGUCCUGGAAAUGCAAGAGUGUUUUAUAUAGCCUAGUGAGGAAUCAUGGUGGUGCAGAGUGGCUCAGCGCAGCCCUGUGCACCAAACAGGUGCAGAGCAGGCCUGAACAGCCCUGUGCACCAAACAGGCAUAGAGGCGGCCCCCAUGCUGCACCUCCCUUCACCCACUUCUGCCUGCAGCAGCACCACUGGCAUGUUGUGUGGGGAAGGAAAGGGGAGUGCCUGUAUUUCUCAUUCUCCAGCAACUGAUCCUAGUGUCUUCUAAGUUUCCCUGAGUUGCAUGUUUGGCGAUGAUAACAGAAUUCAUACACACCAAGUUGUCAAGACCGGAUCCAUCAUCCAAGAUAUGAUAUUAAAUGGUUCCAUGUUUGUCUAGACUGCACUCUGUAAUCAUUCAGACAAGUCAGUGUUGUCAGAGCUUUCUCAUCUUAUAUAUGUUAAGAUACUCAAAUUCUUCUGUUCCAAAGACCCCUGUAGCAGGAGUUGGUGUCAAGCCCCUGCUAUAGAAGUGAGAAGUCAGAUGUGUUGGGACUGAACUCACCUGAGUGGUCCCAGGAGAAUCAUAUGGCUGCAGGUGCACCAGGGAAGGGACAGACCUCCAAGGCCAUGAAGUCUUAUGCCAGGAUGAGCCCAUCCUGAUUGGCCCAGAGAGCUGAUAAGGAAGCUUAAGGAAGAGCUGGAAGAGAGACCAGCGUUUGGCUUUCCCUGGAAAGGGGAGGGUACAAUAUGACCCACAUGGAGUCAUGGGACCCAGAUGGCUGAAUUGAGGAGUCUCGGAGGAGCAUGACCAGGAGUCAACAAAGAUCCGACUGAUCCUGGGAAACAGAGCUAAGUGAAGUGGGUGGCUGGGUUAACAAGGGCUGAGUUAGGUGCUCAGGGGAUGAGUAGAGAUGAGAACCAUACCCUGAGACUACCAAUGAAGGCAUGGCACUAGGGAUUAUAUGAAUGGAUCCUGAUAGGGGGUUGGGAGACCAGGUGUGAAUGUAUCUGGGAGAAUUUCAAAGGAAUAACCAGGAUCAAAGAAUCAAUAAAAAGGGGAUAAAUUUAUGAAUUUCAAAUCAAUUUAUAGAAGUGAUUAAGAAGUGAGAAGUGAAUUAAUGUGUGAACUGUGAAUGAAUUUGUAGAGGUGACUGCGAAGUGCAAAGUAAAUUAAUUGAUAGAUUUUUGAAUAAAUUUGUAGAUGUAAUUGAGAAACAAGUGAAUUAAUUUAUGGACCCGUUGAAUAAAUUUAUAAGAU